AUGGUCCUUCUGUUUUUCGUGAUCUCCGGAUACGCGGUGUCGAUCUCCAUUAUCCGACUCCGCGAGGCUGCCCCCAUGCACUUCUAUUGGAAACUGACGUCUUCUGUUCUCCGGCGCGGGUUUCGACUCUACAUUCCUGUACUUGCCACUUGCUUGCUGUCUCACGUGGCUCUCUUCGCCGGACUCAUUGACUGGAACACUGGUAACCCGACAGAAGGACGCCCUGGAGCGGAACCGUGGUCAGCACUUGGAUCCCAUCUCAGCUGUUUGACCAUGACAUUCCUGUCCACGCUGGAUCUUACUAGAUUCUUGCAAGUGACUGGGUACAACUUCCAGCUGUGGACAAUUUCCUAUGAGUUUCGAUGCUCACUGUCUAUCUACUUGGUGAUCUUUGGCCUCGCAUCAGCCAAGGCUUGGGUACGGCUGAUGGCUAUUGCCUCCCUGGGGGCCGUGUUCAUUUGGUUCGGAUCACCCAUCAUCUCGGCAUUCCUGGCAGGUCUUAUGUUCGCCGAGCUUGACGUUGCAAAGGAGAAUAGUUUGUAUCCAUCCACUGGAGUGGGCAAACGGUAUCACACCAGACUUCGCGCAACCUGUCUGAACUUGCUUCCGGGGCUGCUCUUCAAUAUUGGCAUCUUCCUCCUUUGCCUCCCACAAGACCCGAAUUUCCCUCCCGAGUUCUGGUUUCAGUCACAGCUUGCACUGCUUUUCUAUGUAGAUCCUCAAAUCCGCAUCCGAGCUUGGCACGCCAUCGGAGCUAUACUCGUUGUUGGAGCCCUCAGACAUCUUCCCUUAGUGCGCGCCUCUCUUGAGCCUAAAUUUGCACAGUUCCGAGGAGUAAUAUCCUUCUCGAUCUACCUGCUGCACCCGUUAUUCAUCAUGAUCCUGCGGAAUCGUAUCCUGGAGGGGGUUUGCCACAGUCUGUGGGGAACGGACUUUUGGCAGACCCGGCAGGAUGAGUCCGCCUGGCAUGUCUUGUUCCUGGCCUGGGUGGCUGCAGGAUUUAUCGUGGGGCUGUUACUAGUCUUGGCAUCGAACUAUAUGGCUGGCUAUAUUGAUCGGAGGUCAGUUGCGUGGUCGUAUCAGGUGGAGAAGGUUCUUUGCGGGCACUAG